AAAUCGUUCUGAGGUUGUUUUCCCGAUUUGAGCCAAUUAGCACGUUAGCAUGUUCCUGGAGCUCUGGAUGGAGGCUUGUUGUUCUAUUUCCCAUCAAUAACACAUCAGUUUGAUUUUACAGCACUGAAUCUUUGAGUGAUUUUUUUUUCUCCCCCCCAAAUAAAUCUGGAGUCGAACUUAACGACGAGACUCUGUUGUCUGCGGUCGAGAUUUUAUUGAGCUGUGGAGCAUGAGGACACAAUGAAGCGGCGCUCGGACGAUCAGGAAACAGCGUUUGGGUCUCAGCGGCGGCUCCCCGGAGGCACGGAAAGCUUUCAUCACCGUGUCGUUGCUGCUGCAUCUUCUGUCUACGGGGCUGCCUCAGAAAACAUGCAGUCUGCUGCUGGUGUGCAGUACUCUCAGGUCCCUCCGACUUUUCAGGUGCCGUUGGCUCAGACCUCUGGAGGGCAUGGGCACAGCGACAGUCCUGCAGUGCACGCUGGCGCUCAUCAUCACGGCCCCGUGGUCCAGCCUACAGGCGCCACCGUGGGUCAGGGUCACUCUCAUGCCCCGCCUGCUUCUGCUCCAACACCAGGCCAGCAGCAGUUCCAGAGGCUUAAGGUGGAAGAUGCACUUUCCUACCUUGAUCAAGUGAAGCUCCAGUUCGGAAAUCAGCCUCAAGUUUACAACGACUUCCUGGAUAUAAUGAAAGAAUUCAAAUCUCAGAGCAUCGAUACACCAGGCGUGAUUAACAGAGUGUCACAGCUAUUUAAGGGCCAUCCAGACCUCAUCAUGGGCUUUAAUACCUUCCUGCCCCCUGGCUACAAGAUAGAAGUGCAGACGAACGACAUGGUGAAUGUAACGACUCCAGGCCAAAUCCAUCACAUCACGCCGCAUGGUGUUUCAGUGCAGAACAUCCCCAUUGCGCAGCAAACUCCGCACCAGAUCCAGACUUCAGCUCCCACCAGCACCGCUGCUCUCCCCAUGCCCAGCCAGCCCACGCCUGCCAAGAUCAGCAAGCCCAUGCAGUCUCCGGCUCUGACCCCAACCAGCCAGCACAAUCCGUCCAUCCCGUCGUACGCCUCGCCCCGCUCCCCCUCAGUCCAGUCUCACACGCCGGUGAGCAGCACGCCUGCCAGCGCGCCUCCACUGCAGAACAACCAGCCUGUGGAGUUCAACCAUGCCAUCAAUUAUGUCAACAAAAUCAAAAACCGCUUUCAAGGCCAACCAGACAUCUACAAAGCCUUUCUGGAGAUUCUGCACACGUACCAGAAAGAGCAGCGGAAUGCAAAGGAAGCCGGUGGGAACUACACUCCGGCACUCACAGAGCAGGAAGUGUACGCUCAAGUAGCCAGGCUUUUCAAGAACCAGGAGGAUCUGCUCUCCGAGUUUGGACAGUUCCUACCGGACGCCAAUAGUUCUGUCUUAUUGGGCAAAGCAAGCACCGAGAAGCCCGAGUCUGUGCGCAUGGAUCCCAGUGGAGUGUUGAAGAGGCCUCAGCUCAACAACAGCAAGCAGAGAUUUAACCAGAAUGGCUGCCAGAUUCGCAGACACUCUGGGCCUGGUGCUACUCCCCCCUUAAAGAAGAAGCCAAAGUUUAUGGGGAAAGAACACCCAGCGGCUGAAGGCAGCAAAUUCGGAAUUGGCACUGAAUCUUUGUUUUUUGAAAAGGUCAGGAAAGCACUAAGAAGCUCCGAGGCCUAUGACAAUUUCCUGCGUUGUUUAGUGAUCUUCAAUCAAGAAGUGAUCUCACGGGCAGAACUAGUGCAGCUGGUGCUACCUUUCUUAGGGAAAUUCCCCGAGCUGUUUACUUGGUUCAAAAACUUUCUGGGCUACAAAGAGUGUGCCCAAAUAGAGAGCUUUCCCAAAGAGCGUGCCACAGAGGGCAUCGCUAUGGAGAUUGAUUAUUCAUCCUGCAAGAGACUGGGUUUCAGUUACAGAGCUCUGCCGAAGAGCUUCCAGCAGCCCAAAUGCACAGGGAGGACUCCACUCUGUAAGGAGGUUCUGAACGACACGUGGGUGUCUUUCCCAUCCUGGUCUGAGGACUCCACUUUUGUGAGCUCCAAAAAGACACAAUAUGAAGAGCACAUCUACAGAUGCGAGGACGAGCGCUUUGAGCUUGAUGUGGUUCUCGAGACAAACCUGGCCACUAUCCGUGUUUUGGAGACCGUUCAGAAGAAACUUUCGCGAAUGUCAGCAGAAGAACAGGCCAAAUUCAGGUUGGACAACACCAUGGGAGGCUCCUCCGAGGUCAUUCACCGCAAAGCCAUUCAGAGGAUAUACGGGGACAAAGCUGCAGACAUCAUCGACGGUCUUAAGAGAAACCCUGCGGUCUCUGUCCCGAUUGUACUCAAAAGACUAAAAAUAAAAGAUGAAGAGUGGCGCGAGGCUCAAAGAGGCUUUAAUAAGAUCUGGAGGGAGCAGAAUGAGAAGUAUUACCUCAAGUCAUUAGACCACCAGGGUAUUAACUUCAAACAGAACGACACGAAAGUGUUCCGCUCCAAGACAUUGCUCAACGAGAUCGAGACUCAGUAUGAUGAGCGGCAGGAGGCAUCAGAAGACAACGGCUCCUCUCCGUCAGGCCCUCACAUGACACUGCCAUAUGAAGACGGUCAGAUCCUGGAGGACGCAGCUGCCCUCAUCAUCCACCACGUCAAGAGGCAGUCCAGCAUCCACAAGGACGACAAGUACAAGAUCAAGCAGGUCAUCUACCAUUUCAUCCCGGACAUGCUGUUUGCCCGGCGUGGCGAGCUGUCCGACGUGGAGGAGGAGGAAGAAGAGGAGGAGCCAGAUCCUGAUGAAGAUGGGGCGAAGAAGCCCAACGGUACAACUCAGCCCAAAUCCAAGCUGCUGUUCAGCCACACGACGCCAGCACAGCAGAAGCUGAGCACUUGCGAUGAGGCCUACAACCUCUUCUACGUCAACAACAACUGGUACGUCUUCCUGCGACUGCACCACAUGCUGUGCACCAGGCUGCUGCGCAUCUACAACCAGGCUGAGAAACAGAUCGAGGAGGAGACCAGGGAGAGGGAAUGGGAGCGCAAUGUGCUCGGGCUGAAGAGGGAGAAGAACGACAGUCCAGCUGUCCAGCUGCGCCUCAGGGAGCCCUUGGACAUUGACGUUGAGGACUACUACUCCGCCUUUCUGGAGAUGGUGCGCAAUCUUCUGGAUGGGAAUAUGGAAACAUCUCAGUAUGAGGACCAGCUGAGGGAGAUGUUCACCAUCCAUGCUUACAUCGCCUUCACCAUGGACAAGCUCAUCCAGAGCAUCGUCAGGCAGCUCCAGCACAUAGUGAGUGAUGAGAUCUGUGUUCAGGUGACGGAUCUUUACCUCAAUGAGUGUUCCAAUAAAGCGACAGGUGGAACCACAUCCACUCAGUCAUCCAGGGCCGGCGCCGAGGCGAGCUACCAGCGCAAAGCCGAGCAGCUCAUGGCAGAGGAGAAUUGCUUCAAGCUACUGUUCCAGAAGAGUAAGGGGAGUGUACAGCUGGCUGUGGAGCUGCUGGACACCGAGGAGGAGAACUCUGAUGAACCCCUGGAGUUUGAGCGUUGGCCAGAUUACGUCGAUCGCUACCUGAACACGGACUCGACGUCGCCGGAGCUGAGGGAGCAGCUCUCCCAGAAGCCUGUGUUUCUGCCCAGGAACCUCAGACGGAUCAGGAAGUGCCAGCGAGGGCAACACGUACAGAUGCGAGAGGCGAGUGAAGCAGCGAAGAAAACCGCCGAUGGUGCGGAGGACCCCAAAAUGGAAUGCAUGUUUAAGCUCAACUCCUACAAGAUGGUGUACGUUAUCAAGUCGGAGGACUACAUGUACAGACGCACGGCACUCUCGAGAGCCCACCAGUCCCACCAGCAAGUCAGCACAAGGCUGCACCAGCGUUUCCAGACAUGGCUAGACGCAUGGAGGAAGAAUCACGUGACCAACGAGCUGGCCACCGACAAUCACAGGUGGCUGAUGGGAGAAGGCCAGGAGGGGCUGCGGGCCUGUAGGACGAGCUGCGAACCUUGCAUCCUUCACUUCCAGACCAUCAACAGAUACCGGGUCACCUACAGCAGCAGUCCUUAACACCCCAGCCUUUAUGUCCUUUCAGAAAGCUGGUGCUUGUUUGUUUGUUUUUUUUCUUUCGUUUUUACUUUUUAAGAAGGAAAAAAAGAUGACUGGAGCAGCACUGAAAUUGAAUGCUGGUUGCCAUGGAGUUCUUUUCAGACUCCUAAAUCUUGUCCAAUUUUAUCUUUUUAAACUUUUAGAUGAGAACUACUUGGCACUUCAUGUUCUUUCAAGUCAUUAUGGGGGGGAAAAAAAAGCUCCAAAGACCCCUGACACCCCCCCCCCCCCCCCCUUUUUUUUUUUUUUUAAUUGAAUAGUUCCGGACAGGGGCGGCACGGUGGUGUAGUGGUUAGCGCUGUCGCGUCACAGCAAGAAGGUCCGGGUUCGAGCCCCGUGGCCGGCGAGGGCCUUUCUGUGCGGAGUUUGCAUGUUCUCCCCGUGUCUGCGUGGGUUUCCUCCGGGUGCUCCGGUUUCCCCCACAGUCCAAAGACAUGCAGGUUAGGUUAACUGGUGACUCUAAA